GGGGCGGGGCCGGAGGAGGAGGCGGAAGCGGCGAGCGAGCCCGAGCUGGAGCCGCAUCGAAGCUGCGUCCGGGCCGGCGGAGCGGCGGCGGCGGGCCGCGUCCCGGGCCGCCGCUGGUGACCACUCGCCGCGCCGCCGGAGGCUUCACCCGCGUCCUCCCUCAGGACGCGCCCGCGGAGCUCGGACGCCUUCUCCCCGGACCCGGAGGCCGCGCUACGCGGGGCGGCGGCGAGGCCGGAAGAUGGCCUGGGUGCUCAGUAUGGACGAGGUGAUCGAGUCCGGGCUGGUGCACGACUUCGACUCCAGCCUGUCCGGCAUCGGGCAGGAGCUGGGCGCCGGCGCCUACAGCAUGAGUGAUGUAUUGGCACUGCCCAUCUUCAAGCAAGAAGAUUCCAGCCUUUCCUUGGAUGAUGAGGCCAAGCACCCCCCCUUUCAGUACGUAAUGUGUGCUGCGACUUCGCCAGCUGUGAAACUGCACGAUGAGACACUCACUUACUUGAACCAAGGCCAGUCUUAUGAAAUUCGGAUGCUGGAUAAUCGCAAAAUGGGUGAUAUGCCUGAGAUCAGUGGAAAGUUGGUAAAGAGCAUCAUAAGGGUGGUAUUCCAUGACAGGAGGCUACAGUACACGGAACAUCAGCAGCUUGAAGGCUGGAAGUGGAAUCGCCCAGGAGACAGACUUCUCGAUUUAGAUAUUCCAAUGUCUGUGGGAAUAAUUGACACAAGGACAAAUCCAAGCCAGUUAAAUGCAGUUGAAUUUCUGUGGGACCCUGCAAAGCGCACAUCUGCCUUCAUUCAGGUACACUGCAUCAGCACUGAAUUCACUCCACGUAAGCAUGGAGGUGAAAAAGGAGUGCCUUUUAGGAUCCAAGUUGACACCUUUAAACAGAAUGAAAAUGGGGAAUACACAGAUCAUCUUCACUCAGCUAGCUGCCAAAUCAAAGUUUUUAAGCCUAAAGGUGCGGAUAGGAAACAAAAAAAUGACCGAGAAAAGAUGGAGAAGAGAACAGCUCAUGAAAAAGAAAAGUAUCAGCCAUCUUAUGACACCACCAUCCUCACAGAGAUGAGGCUUGAGCCUAUAAUUGAAGAUGCAGUUGAACAUGAGCAGAAAAAGUCCAGCAAGCGGACUUUGCCAGCAGACUACGGUGAUUCUCUGGCAAAGCGAGGCAGUUGUUCUCCAUGGCCUGACACCCCUACAGCCUAUGUGAAUAACAGUCCUUCCCCAGCGCCCACUUUCACCUCCUCACAGCAGAGCACGUGCAGUGUCCCAGACAGCAAUUCUUCAUCCCCAAAUCACCAGGGAGAUGGAGUUGCACAGGCAUCUGGGGAACAAAUUCAGCCUUCAGCUACAACCCAGGAAACACAGCAGUGGCUGCUCAAAAACAGGUUCUCUUCCUACACAAGACUGUUCUCUAAUUUUUCAGGUGCCGACUUAUUAAAGCUGACAAAGGAAGAUUUAGUUCAGAUUUGUGGUGCAGCCGAUGGAAUUCGGCUCUAUAAUUCCCUCAAGUCAAGGUCGGUUAGGCCCCGCUUAACCAUCUAUGUCUGCCAGGAGCAGCCGAGUAGCACUGUGCUACAAGGGCAGCCACAAGCUGCAGGCAGUGGAGGUGAAAAUGGCAGUGGGACACCCUGCGUUUAUCAUGCAAUCUACUUGGAAGAAAUGGUUGCUUCAGAAGUUGCUCGAAAACUUGCCUCCGUGUUUAAUAUUCCUUUCCACCAAAUUAACCAGGUUUACAGACAGGGCCCCACUGGUAUCCACAUUCUUGUCAGUGACCAGAUGGUUCAGAACUUUCAAGAUGAGAGUUGUUUUUUAUUCUCCACAGUAAAAGCUGAAAAUAAUGAUGGUAUUCACAUAAUUUUGAAGUGAUACCUUAUACAGACUGAACUCUAUUCAGUACCAAAUAAAGUCAUGCUUAAAAGUGUGUGAAGACUGAAUCCAAGAAGUCUUGGGAUUGGAUUUUACUGUGAAAUGUUUCAUAUUGAAAACACAAGAUGACCUUCCUAGUGAGCUGUAGGAGAGACAAGUCUCCUCAUUGUCACUGCCACAGCCCAGCGUCCUCAUGAGAGCGAGCAUGCCAGGUGACAUGCCAGCUCCCAGCCAUGGUGUGGCACGAGUGCCCACUUCCCUAGCAGGGGCCAGCGGACAGAGUUCCCAGCAGCAGUCUCUACUGGCGUUUUACACUGUAUGCGGUUUGAAAUGAAUGUACAAACUCAACCGUGGGCAUUUACCUUUCUGUGCCAGUUUGGCUUUUAUUGCCUGACCCUUAUGCUGACCUGGGGAGGAGGUAGGGAGUUCCUGGGGGAGCUGCACUGCACUGAUGUGGCAGUACUGGUCAGGUAAGAGGCUGAGCACCUUCUCAGAAGUGAUCAUGUCUGAAGGUGUACAUCAGAGGGGAGCACACCAGACCAGGGAAGAGCCAAGCCGAGAAGAUGAGCAAACUGCACUAUCAGCAGUACCUUGAGAGAGGUCAGUGUAAACCCUAAUAGGUACAGAGACUUGGGCCUUUGGCUUCCGCUUCCAUUUUUAGCAUUUUAGUUUCUGGAUUUCACCUUUUGAAACCUCCUUGCCUUUUAAACUCAUGUAUUUUCCUUUUCUCAGCUCUCCCAUCCCCACACUCCUGGUCUCUAGGGAUCCCCCACUUCAGCCUCCCACGUAGCUGGGACUCCAGGUGCGCACUCACUUGGUCUUGUACCUGGCUCUGUUCUUUUGUUGGUGUUGUUUUGGUGGUGGUUUUUUUGUUUUUCUUUUUUUUUCCUUUUGGGACAGGGUUCCUCUGUGUAGCUCUGGUUGUCCUGGAAUUCACUCUGUAGACCAGGCUGGCCUUGAACUCAGAGAUCCACCUGCCUCUGCCUCCAGAGUACUGGGAUUAAAGGCAUACACCACCACCUGGAAGCCUGGCUCUGUUCUUAAACAUGUUUAAAGCCUUUUCCCAGACAUUAGAACUAGGUGAUGUAACAGGGGAAACAAAGUAUUGUCGAUAGCUUCUGACUUGCUGUUAAAGGGAUCUUUGUUUUGUUUUGGUUUUUUGAAUGAGACAAAAUUGCCCGUGGGAACACUAGAUGUCAUAACAAGACACUAAAAUGUACCAUAUAUCCCCUUUCUCCCCUCACAUACGAUCAUGAAUACACAGCACUCUGGUGAUUAGCUAGGGGCUUUUAAGAGACUCUGCGUCUUUGCUGCUUUGUCUGUAACAGGUGUGCCUCUUCACAGAAUCACACAUGCUGAACACUGCUCUGAAAGGAACUCUGGCUUUUCUUUUCCUCCACUGCCAUCACCUCUCUUACCACUCACGACUGCUCAUGAGGCCUGUGGCAUAUCUGAGUUUUAAAAAAACUUCUUUCCAUUUUAAUGAUGUAGCAUCUCUGCCCAUUUGCUCAGCUGCUGGCUGUGAAUGUGCUUGUCUGACCCUUGUUGUUCAGGUGGGUAGGAAUGAUUAACUUUUAAGAGAAAUCUCUUCCAGAAGACAAACUACUUCAGUGGGUAAAGGCUUUAACGUCUUGUUUUAUUCAUACCAGGGUUUAAUUACUUGCUACAAAGUCUGUCUCAAUCUUCUCAUCUUGGGUUUGGCAGUGCUGUGGCUCUGCAGGCCCUUUAGGGAGGGGGGCAUUCCCAUCAGUCCUUCCCUUUGCUUUUGUGUGACACAUGCUUUCUGUACCAGUCACGUAUUGGGAAAGAAGUGAAUUUAUCUUCUAAUUGUUUUAAGAGUUUUGCUUGUCUAUUUAGCUUUCUUUGGAUCUCAUGAUUUAUGGAACAAUAAAUGUCAUUUAAUGCUG